GUUACUUGGAUGAAGGCGGUGCUAGUGGUGGCCAAGCAGUAGGGCCUUGCCUUUGUGGUUGUAGAAAGAGAAGAUGGCUCCCGUUCUGGAGAAACAGCUCCCGGGCGCAGCCGACAAUAACAACGAAGAUGAAGAAGGACAAAACCUUUGGACCGAAAUUCUGAGUGAAGUUUCUACUACAUCAAGUUCAAAGUUGCCAUCAGGGAAAAAUAUCCUGUUAUUUGGCGAAGAUGGAUCCGGAAAAACAGCACUUAUGGCCAAACUUCAAGGAACUGAUCACAACAAGAGAGGGAGAGGACUGGAGUAUCUGUACCUAAAUGUCCAUGACGAGGACAGAGAUGACCUUACUCGCUGUAGCGUGUGGAUCCUGGAUGGAGACCUAUACCACAAAGGCCUACUCAAGUUUGCUGUCUCUCCUCAGUCUCUACCUAACUGUCUAGCUGUGUUUGUUGCGGACAUGUCACGGCCCUGGACCAUUAUGGAGUCUUUGCAGAAAUGGGCCAGUGUGCUACGUGACCAUGUGGACAAACUCAAGAUCCCACCAGAGGACAUUAGAGAAAUGGAGCAGAACAUGGUGAAAGCGUUCCAAGAGUACACAGAACCAGAGGAUGCCGCCCAGUCCUCCCCACAGAGACGGGCCCCCACAGCAGGGGAAGACGAGGCCGUUGUGCUCCCACUGGGAGAGAGCACACUCACACACAACCUGGGCAUUCCAGUGCUAAUAGUUUGCACAAAGUGUGACGCAGUCGGCGUUCUAGAGAAAGAGCACGAUUUCAGAGAUGAGCACUUUGAUUUCAUCCAGUCCAACGUCAGGCGAUUUUGCUUACAGUAUGGAGCUGGCCUGAUCUAUACUUCCGUCAAAGAGGAGAAGAACCUGGAUCUGCUUUACAAAUAUAUAGUGCAUAAGAUGUAUGACUUCAAGUUCACCUCACCAGCCUUAGUGGUAGAGAAGGAUGCAGUGUUCAUUCCAUGUGGAUGGGAUAAUGAGAAGAAAAUUGCGAUUUUGCAUGAAAACCUAACAACAGUCAGACCAGACGAUCCAUUUGAAGAUUUUAUCACAAUGCCUCCAGUACGAAAGCUGGUACAUGACAAAGAGAUUAAUGCAGAGGAUGAGCAGGUUUUCCUAAUGAAGCAACAGUCUUUGUUAUCAAAGCAGCCCGCCACACCAACCAGAGGAGCAACAGAGUCUCCGGGCAGGACCACCUCGGGGUCUCCCCGACCUGCAGGCCGCGCCGGCCAACCCAACAUGACCAGCAGCUCACCAAUGGCUGCUGUCAAAAAGCCAGACCCCAACAUGAAAGCGGGGGCGGCCAAUGAGGGAGUGCUGGCUAACUUCUUCAACAGUCUGCUGAGUAAAAAGACCGGAUCCCCAGGAAGCCCCGGGAGUCCGGGAAGUGGAGCCGUUGGAGCUGGAGUGCAAGGGUCCGCCAAGAAAACAGGGCAGAAGCCGGGUUUGACUGACGUCCAGGCGGAGUUGGACCGGAUGACUCGCAAACAGGACUCCAUGGUUUCAGCUAACAACGUACCGCCGCCGACAGGGAACGAAGCGUGAAGGCAACAAAAACAGUUGCGUUAAUACUCUGGAAUUAUACAUGUACAUGUGAGCAUAAAAAAUUGACCAAAUUCCCAAUGUCUAUAUCAGUCAGCACACAGUGGUUUCACCAAAAGGAGUUUCAGAUGCUAUCAGAUAUGUUGGUGUUCUGGUGGGAUGGGAAGAGAGACACAACAGAGAUGAAGCUGUUGCUUAUAGGUGCUACACGCUAAAGGCGUGGCUUUAUUUCUGUCCUCUCUUCCACUGUAAAUGUAAUUUUGUGAGGGAUGUUGGUUUAUUGAAAUGUGUGCACACCCCCAGGCAGCCAGCUCGAUGCGCUGGGCUGCAGGCCCCCCAGUUUCUGGGGUUAACUCCCUCUCCUCAUGGGAUUAAAGAGUGGAAAUCUACCGGUCAUGUGGCCUCUGGGUCAGCUUAUCUCAUGGAAGAAAUUUGGUCACGAUUGGAAAGGUAUUUCAACUUUACAUUUAGAAAAAAUAUUAGAAUACUUGCAAACAUAUGUAUGUACAACAUAUUGGAUAUGAUACUGAUGUAUUUUAUUUUGUGCACCAUUAACCGGUUUAAAGAAAAAAUGUGUCUGUAUCGCAAAACAUGUUAAAAUGCCACUGACGUCAUGACACUAAUUUGACAAGUCCAGAUAGCUGAAAGCAUAUCAUAUAAUUUUCCCUAAUAAUCUCGAAGAAUUCUGUAAAUAUAUAUACAAAAAAAUCUAUUCAGGUUAACUUUGAUUUUGUAUAAAAAUGCAAUUCUGUCAACAUUUUAAAAAAUAGCUUCUUUGGCUAAAUGAGAAUGGGAUUUGAUGAGUUUAGAGGUUGCGAUGGAACCACUUAUUUUGCUACAGGUGUGUAUAUUUGGGGAUUGGGUUAGGCGGCAUCUUUCCUACUAUAACUCCUAAGUGCCUCGCACAGUUAGCUGUUUGUUUCAUAGUAGAAAUGCUUGUCUUCGUAAGAGGAAAUGCACUGUAGCACCAUCGGUUAAAAGGUUUUUGUCCAUUUUUUGACAUCCAAAUAAUUUAUUUCGUUUUACAUUUUUGUUAAUGUACAAUAAGCCUGUGGUCUGUUAUUUUUCAGAAACUAGAUUUCUGUGGCCUACUUGAUGGUAUUCAAUAGAGCAUUAGAUUGAAUGCCUUAAUGAAAACUGUAAAGGCUGCUCAUAUUUAGAAGGAACCACACAACAACACUCACUGUGGUGGAAACCACUCGCUUUGCAGCCAAAAGACAAACAAUGAAUUGCUGUGGUGUGAUCAAAAUGACGUAUAGUAUCAUACAGUGUCUGACAGCACUCUCCUCCUUUGGGUUCGCAUGUUUUAUUCACACUGUACUUUGCAUAUCUGUUAAACAUUCCCCGUUUUCACAUGGAAUAGCUGUAGAAACACAUCCCAGUAGUGAAACCCGUUUGUCCGUCUCCUUCAGUGCCCUGUUUAAAAUAACAACCUUUGCCUUCACUGUACAGCUAACAGUUUGUCACAACGGCCACCUUGCCUUCACAGGAAUGCUCCUAAUACUUGUGUGUCCUUAAGGGGUUGCUCAACUGUGUCCAGACAUUUUUUCUUUUUUUAAUAUAAAAUGAUUAUACUGUACCAUAUCAAAUAAUCUGUACAACUAUUUAUGGUUUCAGGUCACCAUAAUCUAAUUAAAAUGAAGUGUACAUCAUCAUUAAGUCUGUAUGCAAGGCCCUACUUAAUCUUAUGAAUAGUGUUCAUCGAAAGCCUACAUUGAGCACUAUGUCUACAUUGGCCUACACUGAAAGGCAAGCAGAGGAGUGCUGUUAUAUGCUAUAAAAAGAUUGGGAUGUGGAACCAAAGAUGCAUUUUAGUCAAGUUGUUCUGCUUUUAAAGUUGGUAAUAGUCCUUAAGAUUAACCAGUGGAUGCUUUCUCGUCCCACUCUUGCCUAUAAUCCUAAACUUCAGACCUGAAUAUGAAUUCUUGUUUUCAUAACAUCCUAAUGGUAGAAAAUGCCUUACUCCAUUCAACCAUAACCGUGGUUUCAUUGUUCAAUAUACUAUGCCAUAAUUAUGGACAGUCGAUUAUGGUACAUUCUCUAAACUGGUCUACAAAUGCAAUGCAAUUGCCACAAGACCAUACUGGUGUACAGUAUACUUUAUGCAUGAUUUGAUUUAAAAUGAUACUACACAACUUUUCUGGAUUUAUUUUUGAUUAAAAUUAAGCUCUUCUUGUUUUGUUUUUUUGUGACUGUGGAAUGUUCAAGCCUGUGGCCGAAGCACAAUUUAAUAACAGCCAGGAGAAGUACGGCCACAUGUAAUAAGCACUUUUCCUUGGACACUUGUAUCAAUUCCCUAUUCCUACAGUUAAAUAAAGAAUGCAUAUCACUUUUGUUUUUGCUUUGCCCUUUUAGAAUAUUUAGUAAUGAAACUAGAAGCUAAUCUCCCGAGUAAAACUGCAUUAUUUAUCUGCAUUUGCUGCUUAAGUUAUGGAAGGUGCCCCUUGUGGUUACUAUGGAAUAACUGCUUUCUACUGGUGAUUCUUUUCUUUUUUAAUAUAAUAAAUCCUUUAAAAUCAUUGAUAUUACACCUGUGAUAGGGGCAUAUUUUGGGGAUCUUGCAAUAGAUAAACCAAAACAAAAUGUCAAUUCAUUUUCAGGUUUGACCUAUGCCUUUUUGCCCAUGAAUCACCUCUUGUUUAUGUUUACAACCUAUUUAAAAUGUGUUUGUGAUGCCCUUUGACACUUUCUGUUUAGAAUAAUUUGAAAUGCCAUCCUAACCUGACUGACAUUUCUUCAUAAAAUGGCCACACUUGUUUAAUUUGGCAUUUAGCUAAGCAGAAUGAAGUGCUCUCAUGCGGCUUGGUGUCAAAGUUGUACUCGCUCUUUAUUAGGGUUUUAUGUUUCUCCCAAAGUUGAAUAAUGAACAGUUGUUUUAACUUUUGUAUUCAAACGUCUGCCUCCUCACAUGCUAACUGAAUUGCCUUCGACCACUAUUGUCAGUCCACAUCUAUACAAGACAAUGAGCUUCUGCUUCCAGUCCUUUUGUAUUCAGGAUAUCGAGACAUUGUAAGCACAUGGCUGGCUGCAUUUGUGUGUCCUGAAUUAAUUUAGAAGUUUGAUUGUAUGACUUUAACACAUUUCUGUAGCCUUUCCGCUGCCGUGUGGAUUCUCGCUUCUUAUGCCGACAAAGAUAAGGAACAUGUUUAUCAGACCCCUGGCUUCAAUAAAACCAAGAAUCCAAA